AUGACCACUCCGAUCUUCACGCCGAGGUCCACGACGCCCAACCGCCCCGCGAAGAUGGCUUCCAAUCAGUCCCUGAACCAUCUUCUUAACUUCACCCUUCCUCCGAGGCAACAGCAGGCCGUCCCUCGGCGGAGCAGGAAGUAUGGAACGCAACAUGGCGUCUGGAACAAGGAGAGGUUUGUGAACGCUCAAUAUCGCUUUGUCAUGAACCCAACCGGAGAUUACACUGUGCACUUUGCCGAUCCUGACAUUUUCUUCCAGUGGCAAGAUAUCCUCCAGGUUAUCGUCCCUCGUUCAUCCGCGCGAGCAUCGGCCGCGGGACAAUCAUCAGGGCAAGAUGAGGGUCAUACAACUUGUCCCAUUUGCUUGUCGCCCCCAGCUGCACCCCGGAUGACGAAAUGCGGACAUGUGUUCUGCUUCCCCUGCAUUCUGCAUCUCAUCAACACUUCUGACGAUUUGAAGUGGAUCAGAUGUCCGAUUUGCUUCGACUCCGUCAAUGAGAAGCAGCUCAAGGCGGUUAAAUUCUACGACGGACCUUCACAACCGGAGGAGGACACCGAUAACGGCCAUGCCGAGGCGUCCUCGACCUCAUCAACACUCGACAAUGAUUCCUCCGCUACCCUCGUUCCUGGGUCUACAUUGCGUAUGCGGUUAAUGCAGCGCCCGCAAAUUACCACUCUUGCUCUGCCUCGGUCCAAGACUUGGCCAUCCGACAUCAUCCCUCCUCAUCAAGCCCCUUUUCACUUCCUCCCCGACGUUUAUGCCUUCUCUAAGUUCAUGCUCGCGACACCUGCUUAUCUGAUCGAGGACCUUACGAGGGACCUGGACCAACUGGCUGCAGAGCGCCGUGCUCUUGCCGGUGACGAACUUGGACUGGUUUUCGUAGAGGCUGCGGAGCAGAAGUUACGCAUGCAGAUGGCUAAAGCAGCGGCGCUGGAGACACCCGCUCUGCAGGACGCCGUAGAUCGGGCGCUGCGCGAUUUACAAGAAUUACAAGACCGUUUGUUUCGCGCUGCUGCUCGUGUUGCCUCCAGCCAGCCAUCAUCUGCUCCCGCAGAAUCUUCUCCGGAGACGCCGGCGGAGUUCCUGGCAACCCAGCCUGUAUACAACGGCCCUUCAACGCCGCACCCUGUCGCGUCUCCAAAGCCAGCUGCGGGAGCGAACGCGAACCGGAACAGCAGGCAGCGCCGGAACUUGAAUCCUCCCCCUCCUUCGAUGUCAACCUACUACUACUACCAGUCGGCCUCCGGCAUGCCGAUCUUCCUCCACCCGCUCGACAUACGCAUCCUCGUGUCGCACUACUCUGGUUACGCGUCCUUCCCGGACACUAUCACUGUGCGCGUCGAGGCGUUCAACGAGGGUACGGUGAACGACGAUCUGCGCAAGCGGUGCAAAUACCUCGCGCACAUGCCAGAAGGCGCGGACGUCGUGUUCGUGGAGGCCGACCUAGAGUCCGUCGUGGGGCACGAGGGCCUUCGCAGCUUCGACGGCCUGCUGAAGGCGCGCCGCGCGCGGAGGAAGGAGAAGGGCAAGAAGGACGAGAAAGCACGGGCGAAGGCGGAGGAGAGAGAGAAGGAGCGCGAGCAAGAGUUGAGGGUGGCCACGGCGCAUCCCUCUUGGACGGAAACGCAUGACAUCGUCGUCCCGCCUCUGGAACGGCCUCUGCUGCAUGUCGAAGAGUUUCCGGCGCCUGACGUGAUAUCGGGUGCUUCUCCUGAUGAGACGCGACCACAUGCCGGACCGACGUCCUCGGGCGCGUGGGGCGGGAGAAGCUUUGCGUCGGCGCUGCACGCUCCUGCGCGUCCAUCUGGCGUGCGUCCUGCUAGACGAAUCGACGAGGACGAUUGGGAGGUGGACGUCGCGUGGCAGGAGCUAGAGCAGCGCAUAGCGACGAGCGGGGGUAGGAAGAAGCGCGGUAACAAGAUGGUGAUCCUCGGCGGUGCUGGGGGGAGACGAAGAUAA